AUGAGUACUCCUCAAACCAUAACUCCUGCCAAAACCUUCAAAUUUCCCCGCGAACACUCAUUCCCUCCUUUCUUCACCCUCCAACCCACCUCCGCGACACUACACGCGCAACUUCGCAAAUGGAGCGAUUUGAUCCUCUCUUAUUUCGCCUUUUACCGGCUAUUUCGUCUCACAAUUUCUACAUUAUUAUCUUCUGAGUUAUUUAAAAAUGAGAGGAUCAAUAGGAGGUUGGAUGAGGAGGCAUUGAGAGAGGUGUUGGAGUUUAUGAGGAAGGAGGGGAGGGUGGAGUGGAUUGGGGGGAGUGGGAGUGGGAGUGGGAAAGUGGGAGGAGAUGUUUGUUGGGUUUGGUGGAGGAAGGUAGAUGAGUGGGCAAGGAUUAUUGAGGAGUGGGUUGAUGAGACAGGCCAGAGAGGGAGCGUCUUGACACUUUAUGAGUUGGUUGAGGGGGAGGGCGGCAGGGGUGCAGAGUUCCACGGCCUGGAUGCGGAAAUUUUACAAAAAGCUUUGGCAAUAUUGGUGAAGAAGGGCAAGGCACAAGUUUUUGGACAGGAGGAUCAACAGGGAGUGAAAUUCUUUUGA